CACAUUGCCAGACACUGUAGUAAGCAGCGCGUGCUACAUAUCCUCCCUGUCCAUGUUUCGGAGGUUGUUAGCUGAGGCAGCACUGAUUGACAGAAUAGACCUUCAGAGUACAGAUCUGAUCCACAGUCCUGUUCUAUCCAGUUUCCCCCAGGCUACGCUCUACCCUGACUUCAUGGAUGCACUCAGAAGUUCCUGGGCAGACAAAAAGCGGACGAUGAAAAAAUCAGUUAAGGUGAGGUCUUUGCAUAUCCCAUUGUGUGUUAAUGUUAAAAAGAAAAAAAAUGAGAGGCAAGGCUAUCUAUAUCCUUUGGAAUUGGAAAUAAAUGAUAAGGUGCUUUGUUGUCAUGUUAUAGAGACAAUCACCUCUUAA